UCUGUUUGCAAUUUUUUUCCCAUUUCCUCUCCGGAGUUCCCUUUUCGACUUCCAAUUAACGAGCAGCAACAGAGUCUGUGAAAGCUUUAUCGGCAAGCUGGCUCUUCGCUCUUUUGCAAUUCUACUUCUAUUCGGUCUUUUCAUUGACCAUCCAUCUACCACGAUACUCACGCUUACGAGAAGGACAUGCAAUCUCAUACUAUCGAGAGGCUUGAAGUAGAAGAUGAGGAUGAAAGGGUGAGGAGGUUUCAUAACACUUUCCAGAAACUGAACACAUCAACUUCAGCGUCCUCUUUCUCCUCCAAACCAGAACUCAAACUUGACUUUGAGGAGAAGAAGCCGCAUCCAGUCGGACCUAGUCCUCUCUUAUCUCGCGUUCAGGCCUUUCUCCCUCAAAUGGAAGCGUCAAAUGCAGAACUGACACAACGUAUGGAGACGGAUCCCAGCAGCGUUGAUAUCGAGAAUAUCACCGAGGGAGUGAAUCAAUAUAUCGAAAUGAACCUCGGUCUAGGCGUUUUCACAACCAAACCAAGCCAACAAGACACAGAAAUGUCUCCCACUACGUCUGAGAGUUCAGAUUCUACGACUUCCAACUCGGCAGAAGAUGAAGAUGAUAGCGAUUACGAUUCUGAUUCGUCCGACGAAUCUGGGAUUAUUUCUUUGUCUCUGCCACCCCACCUCAACGCAUCGGCGAAAGCUCGGAUGAUCAAGCCCCUACCGCGACGAAGCUUGUCUGAUCGACUCCAGCAGCAGCAGCGAGACCGCGUGAAGCCCCAUAUUGUUAUGCUCAAGUCUGGUUCGCAAGCGGAUUUGAAUCUGGAGGUGACUGCGACUUCGGGUUUGGCUAUGGAACCUCCUACUUCCGUUUUGGUGUGAAGGUUCCCCCUUUUUUUCACUAGAUCCAUUUCCCCCUCUUGUUAUGCUUGGAGGAGAAGUGGAAAGUUCUUGUCACCAGCGAGAGUGGUUCUUGGGCGAGAUCUUGACGAUUUCUUCUUUUUUUUAGUAUGUUCGAGAACGUGUACUAUAAUUGGCAGCAGUCGAUCUUCUUUUUUAUAAAACUUGUCUAUACCAUUGCUUUCGUUCGCUGUCAUUGACGCUCUUAGUCUACCA